GCAUGCGCUAAAUUUGACAAAAAAGUAUCAUGGCUGCUGCAAGUCUAUGUGGGGAAUAUUCCUCUUUAUCAGCGGACGAUAUCAUAGGGUCCAGAAAUAGUUUGUUUUCAAAGUUUGAUAUAACAGAAUCACCGUCCCUAGAGCUUGGCGUUCCUGGUACUAGGUUUGCUUUACCGCCAGUGAAAGAUGCGGCAGAAUUCCUCAAGAAAUACACGGCAGGGGAAGGGAAUAUAAGAAUCAAUCUCAACCAUGGUACUACAACGCUUGCUUUCAAAUUUCAGCAUGGAGUAAUAGUUGCAGUAGAUUCAAGGGCAACAGCAGGUUCAUACAUAGCCUCACAAACGGUGAAAAAGGUGAUCGAAAUAAACCCAUAUUUACUAGGCACAAUGGCUGGUGGGGCUGCAGACUGCUCGUUCUGGGAACGUGUGUUGGCAAUGGAAUGCAGGAUGUAUGAAUUGAGAAAUAAAGAGAGGAUCUCAGUUGCAGCUGCAUCCAAGCUUUUGGCAAAUCUAGUAUAUCAAUACAAAGGAAUGGGCCUUAGCAUGGGUACCAUGAUUUGUGGCUGGGAUAAAAGAGGGCCUGGGCUGUAUUAUGUAGACAGUGAUGGGGACCGUUAUUCAGGAAGCAUGUUCUCUGUAGGCUCAGGAUCACCAUAUGCAUAUGGAGUAAUGGACAGUGGCUAUCGAUAUGACUUAUCAGAGGAGGAAGCCUAUGACUUAGGUAAGAGAUCAAUUUACCAUGCCACACAUAGGGAUGCAUAUUCAGGAGGAGUGGUUAAUUUGUACCACAUGAAAGAAACUGGUUGGAUCAAGGUUUCUCAAACAGAUGUGACUGAACUGCAUUACAAAUAUCAAGAGGAGAAGGAGGGCCAGUAGAACAUCUUGAACUUUCAAUGGUGUUUUCUUUUACAUAAAACCAAGUUCUUCAACACAGACAAUUAUGUUACAUAGUUGUAGUUGAUGUAUUGUUAGUUGAAUCAUUGUUAUGAGAUCUAAAAGCCAAAGAAAAA